AUGUCGCACGACCAGUCCGCCCUUGCCGUUGCCCUCGGCAGCAGAGAAUCUGACGCCCUCAACGUCGAAGAACAGGAAGCUCUUCUUGAACGACUCUGUCAACUCGCUCACAGCCUAGCCAAAGGCCACCCGCUUCUUCCCGGCGGCCAUGCGAACUCGAAUCAGUUCUCUCUCCCUCCUUCGCUCCUGCGCCGCUUUGUUACUCGCCUCGGUGACCACGACGAGAAGGGCAGCUGUUGUGUCCCCCUCCACAAGCUUCAACUCGAGUAUAACCUCUCAGCCGGCACUGCCCGCUUCAAGAUGGACGAGCUCAACGUCAACACUCACUUCGCCGUCUCUCUCAGCAACCUUGUGCAUACCCUAGCCUGCAGCGCGCUCCACCUCCGAGCCGAUCAACUGCUGAAGCUGGGUACCAGCUCAAUCCCGCUUAGCGACAAGAACGGCCAGUUGCACCCCGAUGCAAGCUGGCGCGUCUUUGAAUUGGGGCCGACCUCGACGGCUGAUGCUCCUGCUCAGAUCCAGUUCCCCUGCGUCGCACUCGAGGUUGCACUCUCGCAUCCUGCCGACCUUGAAGGCCUUGUCGACCGCUACCACUACUUGCUCAACGAGACGUACACCAGCGCCGUGAUGCGGGCUGGAGUGGUUGUUUGCGCCAAGGACUGGACUCCUCUUGACGAUCCUGACGACAACGUCGUCUUGGAGCCCUCGUACUUUUUUGGCGAGGAGUAUGUUGAUGAUGGCACCCUCGACCACGGACAAAUCGAAAACCCUAUUGAUACCUCCACUCCUAGUGAUACUACGAACCCUGUCGUUGUUGCGACUCCCAUUGAUACUGCGACUCCCGAGCCGGUCAUAGUUCCGUUCAGCACCAUUGUCAGCAAGCUUCUACUGGCUGCGCGCUACCACGAUGCCCUUUGGAGCACCAAUGCUCGCUGA